ACACGCUUUUACUCCACUUUCUCCUGCUCCUGUUGGUCCAUCAGUCGUCCAGGAAGAUGAAAACCACUUUUUAUCUCCUUUUUGUUUCCACCUAUUCCUUCCUUCAGUUGCAUCUGUGGGGGGUCACAUGUUCGGAAGCCGAGCACAAGCUCUUCUCCGUCAUCUUCUCCAACUACAACCAGUUCAUACGACCUGUGCAGAACGUGACUGAGCCGGUCAUCGUACAGUUCGAGGUGUCCAUGUCGCAGCUUGUUAAAGUGGAUGAAGUCAAUCAGAUCAUGGCGACCAAUCUGUGGCUGAGACAUAUCUGGAAUGACUACAAACUCAAGUGGAAUCCAAAAGAAUUUGGUGGUGUUGAGUUUAUACGCGUGCCAUCCAACAGGAUAUGGAAGCCCGACAUUGUGCUUUAUAACAAUGCAGUCGGAGACUUCCAGGUUGACGACAAGACGAAGGCCCUGCUCCGGUAUAACGGGGAAGUCACUUGGAUACCUCCCGCCAUAUUCAAGAGCUCCUGCAAGAUUGAUGUCACCUACUUCCCCUUCGACUACCAGAACUGCACAAUGAAGUUUGGCUCGUGGACCUACGACAAGGCCAAGAUCGACCUGGUGCUGAUAGGCUCCACCAUUAACCUCAAGGACUUUUGGGAAAGCGGCGAGUGGACGAUCAUCGACGCCCCCGGCUACAAGCACGACAUUAAGUACAACUGCUGUGAGGAGAUCUACACGGACAUCACGUACUCGCUGUACAUCCGCCGCCUGCCGCUGUUCUACACCAUCAACAUGAUCAUCCCUUGCCUCCUCAUCUCCUUCCUUACUGUGCUCGUCUUCUACUUGCCAUCAGACUGUGGUGAAAAAAUCACGCUGUGUAUUUCCGUGCUGCUCUCCUUGACUGUCUUCCUCCUUGUCAUUACCGAGACCAUUCCUUCCACAUCGCUGGUCAUCCCCCUCAUCGGCGAGUACCUGCUCUUCACCAUGAUCUUCGUCACUCUCUCCAUAGUCAUCACAGUGUUUGUGUUAAACGUCCAUUACCGCACCCCAAAGACCCACACAAUGCCCCAAUGGGUGCGCAGGGUCUUCCUGGGGCUGCUGCCUAAAAUCAUGUUCAUGACCCGACCUGAGAAAGAUCCAGAAAAGAUAACUGACGCCUUUCAGAUGAGCCAGUCAAGGCCUUGCGGUGUGCACUCCUACCAGCAAAAAAAGCACAAGCCUGAAGCUCUGGCCUCUAGCGUGGUGUCCGGCCUGACCAACCGCCAGAGGGUUCUCAACAACACAGAGCUCACCAAUCUUAACAACUUUAGUGGAAGCGAGCUGGCCAAACGCGGCGGAUCAGGCUCACUGUGCUGCGAGGGCCACUGCAACAGUUGCUGGCACCAAAAGUCUGGAAAACUCCCUGCGGACUCAGGAAGUGGAGGCGGCGGAGGCCUGGGCAGCCUCGGAGCCUUAACUGGAGGCGGUGCGACUGGCGGUGGGAGUCAAUGCUCCAGCGCGGAGUCGCUGGAUGUUGGAGCUAUGUCUCUGCUACCGAUCUCCACAGACAUGAAGGAAGCCAUCGAGAGCGUCAAAUACAUCGCAGAGAAUAUGAGACUACAGAACGAGGCGAAAGAGGUUCAAGAUGACUGGAAAUAUGUCGCCAUGGUGAUUGACCGCAUCUUCCUGUGGGUUUUUGUCCUAGUUUGUAUCCUUGGAACCGCUGGCCUUUUCCUCCAGCCUCUUCUACUUGGGGAUGACAUAUAAAUAUGUUUGAAGUAUAUUUUUGGGAAAUUUCAACAAAAAAUAGUUCAGUGUAAAAAAAGAUGCACAUAAUUUUGGAGGACAGUUUACCAAGAGGACAAUGUCAAGUCAUUUUUACUAAAUGACAAUGUAAAUAAUAAUGCAACUGUAUAUAUAUACUGCACAUAUAAUGUAUUAUUUGUCCUGGGGAUAGGUUGAUUGGCAACACUAAAUUGGCCCUAGUGUGUGAAUGUUGUCUGUCUAUCUGUGUUGGCCCUGCGAUGAGGUGGCGACUUGUCCAGGGUGUACACCGCCUUCCGCCCGAAUGCAGCUGAGAUAGGCCCCAGCACCCCCCGCCACCCCAAAAGGGACAAGCAGUAGAAAAUGGAUGGAUGUAUGGAUGUCCUCCAAAAGAGCAUGAACUGUCUGACCAAUAGUUUAGUCUCUAAAAAGAUUAUCAAAGAGCGACACUCUGUGGUGAUACAGCGCUACUACAUCUACCUACAGAAACCAGUUUUAAAAUGUAAGAUUUGGGAGGCUAUCCAAAGAUGCACCAAAAGUGACAUGACAAUUAAAGUAACAAGUAUAAGUGAUUCAAGACCAGUUUUACUUACUUAAUCAAUUUGUAAGUAAAUCAGAUGUCUGCUAAUACCUUUGAACUGAAGACCUAAAAAACAGGCCUCCGAGGAUCAAUUUAUCACUCUGUUCCACAUCUUCUGGGCUCCCUCAGAGCAAUGUCAUUUGAUAGGACAAUCAAUAUUGGGAGCAAGUGAUAAAUGACUCCUUGCUUUUCUCCAUUGAGACCCACAUCCUUGCAGAAAAAGGCAUAUUUUCUGCAACCAGGUGGAAGUGGCACAUCGUCACAGAUGAAUAACUUAUGUUCAUAUCAUGACCUACUCCAUUAAAUUGUAAAUGUUUGCCUUUGCGAGAGUGAAUGUUAAUACGGACUGCAUUUGUAAAUGAAAAUUAAUCUCGAAAACUGAUUAUAUGAAUAGUACAUAAUCCUUUUCAGAACAAGACUCAAUAGUUGUUUUUUUACAUGUCCAAUCUGUUUUAUUUUUGGAGGAGAAAUAUGAAAUCCGACAAGCCUAAAGACUAUUUGUGCACAUUGUAAUAUGACUUAGACCAGUAGAGGUGGAUAAUGUUGCUCUUUCAGUUGAAAUGAAAAACAUACUCUAAGAAAAUGUUUUUUUUUUGUUUAAAUUCCUAAUUCCCAAGUAAUGUGUAAACAUUUCUUAUGUUGCUUACAAGUUCUGAACCUAUGGUUCUCUUCUUGAGGGUUGUUUCCAAAAAUGCUGCAGCCUAGUAGUAAUAAGACAAAACAUUUCAGUUUCGAGACACUUUGUUGGUUUACGUGUGCCUCCUAAUUGUCCUUGAAAAUGUAGGUUUUCGGAGAACUGCGGUCAGAGCUGAGUGUCA